CAAACGAUCAUUCAUAGAUCAAAUUAGCAGAAAACGUCACGAGCAGUUUGCACUCUUCACAACACGCUGUGCACUGUCGAAUUAAAACAUGACCGAACGCAGUGCAAAAUUGAACAUUCUCAAGUUUGUGAAAAUUGUGUCGUUUAGCUUGUUAUUAGUUAUAUUAGGCUUUUUCGUUGCAGCCACUGUAAGGACACUAACGUUUGAUGUGAAUGCAGGACUUCAACUUGCACACUGGGAGAAGACGAACAAUAUUGCGUCUGACAUAAACCAGCACCAGAGAGAGGAGCUUCUAGCGAAUUUCAGAGACGCAAUCCGGAUUCCCACCGUGUCAACCACGGAGACUCAGCUCAACACCACCGCAUUGCGCGAGUUCGACAGCCUACUGAGGAAAGCUUUCCCUACAGUGUUUUCUUCCCACCUGGUCCAGCAUGAGGUUGUGGCCAACUACAGCCACCUGUUCUGGGUGCCGGGCUCUGACCUGGCCCUCGUCCCCUACAUGCUGCUGGCCCACAUAGAUGUGGUUCCUGCUGAGGAGAGAGACGGGUGGGAGGCCCCACCAUUCUCUGCAAAGGAGAUAAAUGGAUUCAUCUACGGGAGAGGGACCAUCGAUAACAAACAGUCUGUCAUGGGAAUUCUCCAGGCGCUGGAGUACCUGUUGAUAAGAGGUUAUUCACCGCGAAGGGGAUUCUUCAUUGGUCUGGGUCAUGAUGAGGAGGUGAGUGGCUUCCAGGGGGCAAUGAACAUAGUGAGGGUGCUGAAGAAGAAAGGGGUACAGCUGGCGUUUGUACUGGAUGAGGGUCUGGCUGUGCUGGAUGGAGUCAUCAGUGGUCUGCAGGGGCCUGCUGCUCUGAUUGGGAUCAGUGAGAAGGGGCUAGCCACGGUGAAGCUGAGCGUUUCCAAGGCCCCGGGUCAUUCCUCCAUGCCUCCCAGUGAGAGCAGCAUAGGCAUCCUGGCAGGAGCAGUCAAAAGGUUGGAGGAGAACCCAAUGCCCAGGUUGUUUGGUGAAGGUCCUGAACGUGGGACCUUUGAACACCUGGCUCACAAGUUUAGGCUCCCACUCAAAUUUGUCAUGUCGAAUAUGUGGCUGUUCUCCCCACUCCUUGGAAGAGUAAUGGAAAGAAGACCUGAUACAAAUGCUUUUGUGAGAACGACAACUGCAAUCACUAUGUUCAACUCAGGAGUUAAGGUUAACAUUCUUCCUUCCCAAGCUGAGGCCUAUGUGAAUCUGCGGAUACAUUCCGCACAGUCACUACAAGAGGUUUUGGAGUUGAUCCAGUCCACAGUGGGAGAUGAGAGGGUGAAGAUGGAGCUAGUGGAUGGCUUUGACCCGCUGCCUGUCAGCUCCUACGAUGAAACAUCCUUUGGGUUCCAGAUCAUCAAGAAGACUGUGCUGGACCAGUUCCCACAAGUUACUGUUGCCCCUGGUAUCUGCAUCGGGAACACAGACAGCCGUCACUACACUGACCUGGCCAAGGACAUCUAUCGCUUUGCUCCUACAUGGUUCAGACCAGGGGAUGCCCAGAGGUUCCAUGGUAUUAACGAGAGGAUUUCUAAGAAGAACUACGAGGAACUGGUGGUUUUUUACUUUAAUCUAAUCCAGAACUGUGACAUCAAGGACCUCCCUUCUCCCCACAGUGCUGGUCAUGAGCUCUAAAGUUGUAGGGCAUUAUGGGUACUGUGGGCGGUGGUUGUGCUUUGGUGGUUCACUUAUCCAUUGCUGCAAGUGUAUGCCACUCUGGCUGUGUGUACACAGGCUGCCCAAUUCUAAUAUUUGUUUCACCUAUUGGUCUUUUGACAAUCGGAUCUGAAAAAUAUCUGAUGUGAAAAGUUUUGAUUUGAUUAGUCAAAAGACAAAUUAUAAUCUCAGAAUUGGGCUGCCUGUGUAAACGCAGCCUCUUACAUUCAUAAUCCAGAUUACACUGUGUUGUUACAUUAUGUUUACCCUGUCAGGUUUGGUCCCUCCUAUAUUUUGGAAGAAGCACAGUUGUCUCGUGGUGAUACUAUAUGAUAAGCAACAAACCAUGUGCACAUUAGCAUCUAUCAAUGCUAUAGUUUGAAUGAAGACAAUCGGAUUGUAUUAUCAAUGAGUACAGCAAUUCAAUGUUACUAAGACAUCAAAAGGGGUCAAAGUCUUACGAGGAACAGAAAUAAUACAAAGAUUUUGAUCUGGGUUACAUUUUUUAAAGAAAAGAACUUCCCACCCUGGUGACAGUAUUGCAUUAGAGAUAUGGAGUUAGAUGUUGGUAUGGCCAUAGAAAAGCUGUUUUAAUUGGUACAAAAUCAAUUUGAUAUGUUACUAUUAUUUUGUUACUGGUCAUUGGCAACAUGAAGCUUGAAGUAGGUGAUUGAUGAAGUGUAUGCAGCAUGCAUGUGAGAGAGGUAUUAUCUGAUAUUUGCUGGCCAAAUUUCCUCCCUGUGGAAUGGCAUCUGUAAAUGAAUAUUAAAUUAUAAAGAUAUGUAAAUCAAUUAUUUUCAAUGCACAUUAAUGGUAUGAAGAUUGAAAUCGGGAGCUUUUAAAAGGAGAUGGGCCAUAAUAUAUGCUGUAAUUUUGCAUGCUAUUUUACUUGCUCAUUUCUGAGGUAUUUGAGAGCAUUUUUUUAUUUUAAUUAUGAAUAUUAAACACAGGUUAAUUGAGGUGCAAUACUUUCACAGUUAUCUGAAACAGAGGAUUAUCUAUUUUUCUUGAAAUACUGCUGCCUAGUGUCAGAGGUACUGUGCCAAUGACGCUAAAGAUAUUGUUGAUGUGGGGGUGUAGUGAACAUAAUGGAUAAUAAACAAGAUGCACUGUGGUGACGGCAA